AUGGGCGUUAUUCGCAAGAAGACCGCCACGAGGGGCGGCGAGGGCGGUGUGAAGUAUGUUUGUGAUGUGUGUUCUGCGGAUAUUACUUCUACUGUUCGCAUAAGGUGUGCCCAUAGCGCCUGUAAUGAGUAUGACUUAUGCGUACAAUGCUUCGCAAGCGGUGCCUCGAGUGGUUCGCACCAACCUGCCACUCAUCCUUACCGAGUUAUCGAACAGAAUUCGAUCCCCAUAUUUGAUGAAGAUUGGGGUGCGGACGAAGAACUUCUACUGUUAGAAGGCUGCGAGAUUUACGGUUUAGGUUCUUGGGCCGAUAUUGCAGAUCAUAUUGGCGGCUACCGCCACAAGGAUGAGGUUCGUGAUCAUUAUCUCAAAGUCUAUGUCGAUUCGCCAUGUUUCCCAUUGCCAAAACGCUGCCGGCCCGAUGAUAUGGAGUUAGCCCAAGAGAUAUCUCGCGACCAAUUCCAGGCACGCAAGAAACGCAGGAUCGAAGAACGACGCGAAACACAGAAGAAUGCUCCUCCUUUACCGCCCAAGACCAAACCCACAGCUAGUGUACCCUCAUGUCAUGAAAUUCAAGGUUAUAUGCCUGGUCGUCUCGAGUUUGAAACUGAAUACGCCAACGAAGCUGAGGAAGCUGUCCAGCUAAUGCAAUUUGAUCCCGGUGACGGAAUCAAUCCUCGAACGGGCGAACUAGAGCCUGAAAUGGAACUGAAACUGACGGUCAUGGACAUAUAUAACUGUCGAUUAACACAGCGCGUGGAUCGCAAAAAGGUCAUUUUCGAACAUAACCUACUCGAGUAUAGGGAAAACACGAGGCUCGAGAAGAAGAGAACUAAGGAAGAGCGGGAUCUACUGAACAAAGCCAAGCCGUUUGCGCGCAUGAUGAAUCAUCAUGAUUUUGAGGCAUUGUGUCAAGGGCUACUUGAUGAACUGAAUUUACGCCAAGCCAUCAAUCAGUUACAAGAGUGGAGAAACCUCAAGAUUGGCGAUCUUCGUAGCGGCGAGAAGUACGAGCAGGAGAAGGCGCAGCGUAUACAAAAAACAAUACCCAUGGGAUCCAUGGACCGCGAAAGACUGGCGUCUGCACAACGUUCUAAACAGAGCGUGCAGCCUGAACCGCCGAGCGGGGCUGCCCUCCUCGUGGCGCCAGAGCUUCCAUUCCGUCCGGGGCCAAACAGCACUGUGGCAGCUACGCACGGUGCUCCCGAUGCUCCUACGAAUGGCGAACCCAGGCUACAGACAGAUGGCCAUGCCAAUGAACCCACAAUGAAUGGCAUUGUCGCCAACGGCAUCUCCACGCACACCCGACCGCGGUUUGUCUCGCAGCCUAUAUCUGGCGUACAACUCCUCACUCUCAGCGAGGAUAGCGCGCCUGACAUGCACCUCUUGACGCCAGAAGAGGUAGAGCUGUGUAAGGUAUCCAGGAUUCAACCGAAGCCCUACCUUAUGAUCAAGGAACAAGUGCUGAAGGAAGCACUCAAGGGCAAUGGUAGUCUUAAAAAGAAACAGGUGAAGGAGAUAUGCCGGCUAGAUUCCCAAAAGGGAGGCAGGAUAUUUGAUUUCUUCAUCAAUUCGGGUUGGAUUGCCAAAGCAUAA